AUGGAUAUUCACUGCAAAGCGGACCCGUUCACUGCGAUGCACCCAGGGCACGGCGGGGUGAACCAGCUCGGGGGCGUCUUCGUGAACGGGAGGCCGCUUCCAGACGUGGUCCGACAGCGCAUCGUGGAGCUGGCGCAUCAGGGGGUCCGGCCCUGCGACAUCUCCCGGCAGCUGCGAGUGAGCCACGGCUGCGUCAGCAAGAUCCUGGGCAGAUAUUACGAAACUGGCAGCAUCAAACCGGGCGUGAUCGGAGGGUCUAAACCCAAAGUGGCCACGCCGAAAGUUGUGGACAAAAUAGCCGAUUACAAGCGACAGAACCCGACCAUGUUCGCGUGGGAGAUCCGGGACAGGCUUCUGGCGGAGGGCAUCUGCGAUAACGACACGGUGCCGAGCGUCUCAUCCAUAAACAGGAUCAUCAGAACCAAAGUGCAGCAGCCGUUCCAUCCUUCUCCAGACGGCUCGUCCCUCACGUCGCCCGGACACACCAUCGUCCCGAGCACAGUGUCUCCUCCGGUCACCAGCGCCUCUGACCCCGCCGGCUCCUACUCCAUCAACGGCAUCCUGGGAAUUCCCCGAUCCAACGGAGAGAAGAGGAAAAGAGACGAAGGUAAAAACAAUCGGCAUUUUCUACAGCAACGAAAUCUGUGCGCUGGUCAUGGAAAUCCUGGAAAAGCCACUUUGAGGAAACACCUGAGAGCGGACGCCUUCACACAGCAGCAGCUCGAGGCUCUGGAUCGAGUGUUUGAGAGACCACAGUAUCCGGAAGUGUUCCCCACAUCUGAGCACGUCAAACCAGAACAGGCCAGUGAGUACUCCCUGCCCCUGAGCUCCAGCCUGGACGAGGUGAAGCCGUCUCUGUCCUCGGGCUCCUCAGACCUGGGCCCUGGAGCCGUGACGCAGAACUUCCCUGUGGUUACAGGUCGGGACAUGUCCAACACGACCCUCCCCGGGUACCCCCCUCAUGUGCCCCCUACUGGCCAGGGCAGCUACCCCACCUCCACACUCGCCGGCAUGGUUCCUGGCAGUGAGUUUUCGGGGAGUCCGUACACUCACCCACAGUACACCACCUACAACGAGGCCUGGAGAUUCAGCAACCCAGCUUUACUAAGUUCCCCUUAUUAUUAUAGUGCCACGACGAGAGGCCCGGGCCCUGCCACUGCUGCCUCUGCCUACGACCGCUGA